GCGCACCUAACCUUCCUCGGUCAGCCACUACGUAACGUAAUAUAUAAUAAUAAUGAGAACAUUCUCUUUGACACUUAUCUUUUUAGAAGAUUAAUUUUCAAUGAGUGUAACAAUGUUGUUUCUACUAGAUUUCAUUAAGAUUAUAUUUUUAAAAAAAAUUAAUUUAAUUCCGAACGUAUCCCAAACACAAUUUGGAAAUUCAGUUCAGUUUACUCCUAAAGAUUUGAAUAUAACAUUUCAAACAAAAGAUUCAUGUGGCAAUAAAUUCUACACAUAAAUUUAUUUUAAAUUGAAAAAUAAAUUUUCAAUUCACUUAAUACCAAAUCAUUUCACCUUGUCAAUAUUUGUCAAAUGAGAAUCCAAAAGGUGCACAAAGCCUGAAUUAAGUAUCCGAAGUGAAAAGAAAGGAGAAAAUAAUUUUAAAAGGAGGAUAAAAGAUUAAAAGUCCAACAAAAGAAAGGAUAAAAGGCUUUAAUUUUUAAUCUUAGUGUUUAUUUAUUAUCGAAUUUUGUUCUUAAUUUCUGUGUUGAUUAUAACUAAAUGCCAUGUUCCAUGUAAAGAUACAAGUAUGAACAAAAGAUUAAAAUAAGGCAAGAAAUAAAAACUAUCAAAAUUCAAAAGCCUGUAAGCUUUUCGAAUGACUGUACUGUUCCACCUCCAAAAUCUGCACACCUAGCUGUUUCCCCAACCCCACUCUCCCAACCGCACCCGCUCCUUCUGUCCCUCCUCGAAAUCGAAAUAUAUAAUAAAGUUUCCAUUUUUAUCAGCUCCCAGAGAGAAAGCUCUUCCCUUGCUCGCUCGCUGCCGCUGCUCGCUGCUGAAGCAUUUCCCAGCUUCCAUAUUUUAGUACGUGAAAUGGGUGUUGCCUAUCAGCCGUUAAUUAACAUAUAGAAGAAAUUAGAUGGGUUCUAUGCCUUUCUUUUUAGGUUGUUUUCCAUGGAGUAUUGAUGGAGCAAUCUUUAUUCUCUCUGGUUGUUCUGGUUUUCCCUUUGAUGUGCUUUAGAGCUACCCACUGUCCCUAUAAGGGAAUAGAUGCUCUUCCUUGUCUUUGCAUUGCUAGCUAAGAGUUAGCUUUGUUUGUUUUUUCUAUGAUUGUUCUUUUUCCCCUGCAUUGAUAUUCUUUGAUCUCCAUUGAUGAUUCUUUGCUCGAAAGGGUAGCUGCUUUUUACUUUGGGGCUUCCAUUUUCCCUAGUCACUUUCUGAAGUCUCUCGAGUUCCUUUCUUGGGUGCCCUUUCACUUUCUUAGAAUUUUUUUAUUGGUUUUCUCAAAGAGGUUUCAGACAGUGUGUAAUUGGAAAGACGUGUGUGUAGAUGUAGAUUGAUAGGAUCUAUUAACUUUCUUUAUCGCCUCUCUUUCCCACGGUUAUAAAUAGUGGGUUUGCAAUGUUGAUUUUUCUCAUUGCAGGAGUUCAGCAGCAUAAGCAAACAUUCACCAAAACUGUUGCUCAUUCUAGUUAGAGUACAAUGAACUACAAUAACUCUGGCAUUGGUUCUGGCAGUAGAACUUCUUCAAGAACAUUUGAGUUUGGAAGGACCUAUGUUGUUAGGCCCAAGGGAAAGCACCAGGCCACAAUAGUUUGGCUGCAUGGCUUGGGUGACAAGGGAUCAAGUUGGGCACAACUCCUGGAGACCCUUCCUCUUACAAAUAUUAAAUGGAUUUGCCCGACUGCUCCGUCCAGGCCAGUUGCUUUGUUCGGUGGAUUUCCAUGCACUGCUUGGUUUGAUGUUGGAGAAAUCUCCGAAGAAGGUCCUGAUGACGUGGAGGGACUGGAUGCUUCAGCAGCACAUGUAGCCAACCUUUUAUCUACUGAGCCUGCUGAUAUCAAAGUUGGUGUUGGUGGCUUCAGCAUGGGUGCUGCAAUAGCCCUUUACUCUGCUACUUGCCGCACAUUAGGACAGUACGGGAACGGGAACCCAUACCAGGUCAAUCUAAGUGCAGUAGUUGGUCUAAGUGGCUGGCUUCCUUGUUCGAGGACCUUGAGAAGUAGGAUGGAAAGAUCAUAUGAUGCAGUGAGGCGGGCUGCAUCUUUGCCCAUUUUGCUUUGCCAUGGCUCAGCCGAUGAUGUGGUUGCACACAACCACGGAGAGAAAUCAGCACAGGCCUUAAACUCAGUCGGGUUCAGGAAUCUCGUGUUCAGAACAUACAAUGGAAUGGGUCACUAUACCAUCCCGGAAGAGACGAGGGAAGUCUGCACUUGGCUCACCACAAAAUUGGGGCUGGAGGGUUCUUAAGAACAGUAAUGCUACUGAGGAUGGUGAUAAUCUUUGCUGGGAGAGAAGUACAUGGGGGAACCUAGAGAGAGAGAGAGAGGGGGUUAGGAGAAAGAAGGGGUUUUUCUAGGACUAGAUGGUUUGGUGUGGAGGGAUAGGAGUAUCAAGGUAUAGCUUAUGAUAAAUGGGGGGUUCAAUUGGUUGAUUCAUGUGAGUUCUCCAAAAUAAAAAUGUGUUCUUGUUUUGCUUUUCUUCACUACUUUAUAUUUCGGGGUUUAACCUUUUGGAUUUUCCAUAACUAUUUUGUGGGUUUUGAGUUUUGAGGGUAAUGAGUUCUACUGCUGGUGUUCUAAAUGGGGAUCCUAAGGAUAGGUUACUUGAGGUGGGGGAUACUUUGAAGUUUUGGGAGGGGGGGUUUACUGGUUAGAGAGAAGGAAGUGUUAAAUGAUCUAGUUGAUGAUGUAUCUUUCAUUUUUUGUUGUUGUAUCUCCAUAAACUAUGUAACUUCCAGACCAUAUUAAAUAAAUGCAAUCUCUCAGUGUGGUACCUCAAUGUGUGUUGAUGAAUCUUAGUAAGUAUGCAUUAUCCUGGCUUCCACUUCUGCAAGAACCAUAAACCCAGGGCCAGGACUGUAAAUUUGAAAUACCUUGAAAUGAACCUAGGUGCUUGCUUGCUCCAUCAUCGUCAGUCCAUUGCCCCAAACCGUCGCAUCAACAUGCGAGCCUUGUGCUCCAGCUUCGAGGUCUUCUCUGACGGUAGUGGACUGUUCAACACUUCCACGCAUUCAGGAAGAGUAAUUUUAUGGUCGACUGUUUGGUCUCAUAGAAGUCUUUCUAUUUUUUUUUUUUUUGGUGUUCUCUUUGUUUCUGAGUAUAAUCCUGAAUUUUGGUAUUAGAUGAUGUAUGACAUUUUUGCGACUUCUAUACUCCAUCGUAUUACCAUUUACCACCAUGAGGUAGUGGUGCUCACUGCUCACACUCAGUUUCCGAUAAUAAAAAAAAAUCAGCAUA